AUGGAUAUCCCGUUUCAAAUCGAAGAUGUCGAGAAAAAUCUCGCGAGUGAACUUAUGCAACAUUAUACAGGGGAGUUAUCGGGCUUUGUCCGAGUAGGACCAAAGGGCUAUUUUCUCCCUCAGAAGUACAAAGAUCAAGCAUCUGAUAUUUAUAAUAUUCCGAUAAGACCCGAUGAUGUAUUUGUGGUUACUUACCCAAGAUCAGGCACCACAUGGACGCAAGAACUCGUUUGGUUAGUAAAGAACGAUUUCGAUUUUGAAACAGCAAAAACUACGCCGAUUGCCGCUAGGUUCCCGUAUUUAGAAUUUUCCAUUCUGGUACAUCCGUUCUACGAACAAAUUAUGAGAGAUGAAAAUAAAAUGGACCCUCAACGCCUUAAGAUCAUUGAAACAGCAGUGUUGCCAAGUGCGGAGAAGGUGUCUAAAAUACCAUCACCGCGUUUCAUCAAGAGCCAUCUCCCAUUGUCUCUGCUACCACCUACCCUACUGGAUACGGCUAAGGUGGUGUACGUGGCCAGAGAUCCGAGAGACGCCGCGGUAUCGCAUUACCAUCUGAGUCGAUUGUAUCGUAUACAAGGCGCACCCAAGGAUUUUAAAACGUAUUGGAACUAUCUUAUAAGGGGCUUACAUCAUUUUUCACCAAUUUUGGAACACGUCAAAGAAGCGUGGAGUUUACGCAACCAUCCAAAUCUAUUUUUUGUUUUUUACGAAGAAUUGUCGAAGGAUUUGCCUUCAGUCAUUCGUCGGAUCUCACAGUUCUUGGGUAAAACACCGACAGAUGAACAAGUUGAAAAGCUAUGUGAACAUCUGAGUUUUAACAAUUUUAAAGACAACUCGGCCGUUAACGAGAUGCUUCUGGGGAAAAUUGAUUUUCUUAAUAAGGGUGAAGCUCCUUUUAUACGCAAAGGAAAAGUUGGUGGUUGGAGGGAUUACUUCGACGACGAAAUGAUGCAGCAAGCUGACAGGUGGCUGCUGGAGAAUCUCACAGAUACGGACCUCAGAUUCCCAUCAUGGGAUCUACCACAAAUUGAUGGAAAGGGCAAUAAUCCUAUCAACGUUGAAUAUAUAAGGGCCACCCAAGGACGCACUUAA